AUGGUGGGAGUUCCGCACAGUACAGGCUGUGCCCUGUGUCGCGAGCGACGAAUUAAGGUCAAUUUCCAUCCAAUCCCAGAGUGCAGCCAGUGCCAGAAAUAUGGUCGCGCCUGUCCGGGUUACAGGCGAACCUUUCGCUUUCAAGAUGAGGGUCCCAACCUCGCCCGGCGACAUCGCUCCAACACGCAACGGAGGGGGAGAGGCGCAUUGGCAGGCCCACCCGCAUCGGCUACGCCUGCAACCCCAACUGAUCGAUCGCCCCCCGCACAGGAUGACUCCGCUGCUGCCGUUGUAGUGCGCGGCAAUGCGAUUGCCCUCAUGCGGCGACACUCCUCCUUGGGUGGCUGGGAGGAAAAGCUGUCGCCGUCCCUGGUGCGCCAAUCAUUCCGUGCCGCACAACCACAAUUAUUCCUCGAUUUCAUCAGCACGUCGUUUCCAACCCUCUAUUAUCAUAAUCGGUUCCGGUCUGGUGAUGCGCCCGGGUUCGCAGAAUACAUCGUCAUGAAUUUUGGCAAAGACGUUUACCUCGACUCCGCGAUCUGCUGCUUGAGCUCAGUCUAUUUAGCACACUUGACUCAAGAUCGGGCUCUUCUCAAAACAAGUCGACAAAUGUACUCGAAGUCGCUCGGUGCGGUCAUCAGGGCCUUCCCAAAAGCCGAACAUGCCAAAUCCGACAACAUGCUAUGCACCUCUAUCAUCCUCAGUGUCUACGAGAUGUACGCACAGACCACGCCCGACGCCUGGGUCGUGCACUCCGACGGUGCCAAGCGGCUGAUGAUAAGCCGAGGCCCAGAAGCGCACGAGUCCGGGUUUGGAAGAUACUGCUGGAUUGCAUUCCGUGGCUUCUUCAUCGCCACCGCAGUCUACGAAGGCAAACCCUGCUUUCUGGAUCAAGAGGAAUGGCAAUCCUACGCGACUAAAGUCAGGACCGAAGACCGCCAGAAGCCUGGGGAGUGGUCGGUGUACGGAGAAAUAUCCGACUUGGCUUUCAUGGAAAUCGCCAAAUGCCCACGGUAUAUCAGCGACACCCGCAAUCUCCUUUCAGCCUCCGCCGAGCCGGACCCAAAUGCCAUCACAAAUCUCACCAAGCGCAUACAUGACACUUCGAACCGGCUGCGCUCACUCGCCGCGGACCUCCGGUCCUGUAUCAGCGCGCACAGUGAACGCCAGCAAGGUAUCAUCCAGCGACCAGGAUCUUUCGUGGGCCCCGUACCAGAAGUCUUCCCGGACACCGGUCCAUCGCUGCUCCUCAAUGGAGCAGAAAAUAUGUUGGAGACGCUACAGCAGCUCUCCCACCGUCUUGAAGACCGGUUACGCUUUAGUCUCGUCGAAGAUUAUUCACCGGAGUCGUAUGUCGUCACGCCACCCAGCAUCGAUAGUGAAUAUCCCAUAUCUCCCUUUUCUGCGACGUCCAAGAACUUUCCCCUCCCCUUUCGCAUUCAUUCAGAGCUUGGACAGGGGCCAUCUAGGACCUCUGAUCCAAAUGACCCCCGUGCUGUGAUCUGGCUGGAUCGCAUAGCCUCCUCGAUGGGUGCCCUCGGCGCAAAGGUCCUCCCGGGUGAGGCCUCGAGUGCUUCCCUACAGAUGGAGAGCUCACCUUAA